GAAGCAUUCGACCUUUAGGUUCUGAACAGGCUUCCAUAUUCCUUGAGUUAUUAGCCAUGUGGCCAUCCUGACACUGUAGGCGUAUCUGCACUUCAUUCCAUCCCCUUCCCUCAUCUUAGGCACCAAAAAUCUCCCCUGAUAAAAAUCCGUUUACGUACCUUGUUUGAGUAACUUGAGGCUGCAGCAGCACGUAUUGCCAUGGCUGCGCCGAUUGCAAAAGGACUUCUCAUUACCGCCUCAGUACUUGUAGCUGCGGGCAUAGCUAUCUCCCAAAACGAAUACAUUCGAGAAUGGAUCUUAAAUUAUAGACGCAAACUCGCCAUGGCGCUCCACAGUCUGGGCGACGAGAUACACCCACCUUCAUACUCUCAACGUGACUUCGAAGAUGACAGCGAGGCCGCAAUAGAACUGAGGCGGAGGCGGCGGGAGGAGAUUGUUCGCCGAAACAGACUUGAAAUGAUCAAGCAGGCAAGAGAUGAAGGCAUUGCUGUCGAUCUUGAUGAGCUUGUGAAACUAGGUGAGGCGGAAGAGUCGCGGGUACUGGAUCCCUCGCCUGCAAUAACCAAUUCUUCCACGGGAUUUGAUGCCUUGGUUGGCGCAGACGGCAAGCUGCGACAACCUGAAAUAUCGAAAGUGACUGGGGUAGACAUAUCGCCUUCGGGUCUACGUCAGCGCACUGCUGGUAUUCGUGGCGCCGACUUGGAUGCUUCAACUUCGAAUUGUUCCAAUAAUGUAUUUCAAGUCCUGCUUGAUCGAGAAUCGAUCCACAAUACCGCCCAGGAUAAGAUCUCGCAACCGUCACAAGAAAGUAAACAAAGUCCUUCUCUUGUGCCCAUUUCGUCUGCAGCUACAGAGUCUCAAUACUUCAGCGAGGAGGAGAUGGAAGCGCAGAUAAAGGAGGCUAUAAGAAGAAGCCUCGAAGAAAUUACCCCUAGCGAAUGCCCUGCCAUUCAAGAGACGGACGUCAUACAUUCGGAUCCACCAGUAUCUGUUCCGGUAUCUACGGAAAAUUCAUAUUAUUAUGCCCCUCCGCCAAAUGUCCAUCAACCACCAGCUAGUGCACAAUUCAUGUCUUCAUCUGCUAUGGAAGCCAUGCUAGAUGCUAAUUUGCACAAUGCGUCUGCUAACGAUGAUGAGUCUUGUACACCUACCGGAACAUUGACCCCAACCGAAGAUGGUCAGUCGACCGCUGCUUCGCUCGUUGGUUCACAAGCAGAAGACGUUGGCAGAAUGAGUGACUUUCAAUCCAUGAUUGACGAAAAUGAGACAGACUUUCGCAGCGAGACAACUAGUGAUGCAUUCUCUGUGGUGGGGGCAAGCACUCCAGGGUCAUGGACAGAUGUUGAAAGCGAAGCUGGCGAUGAAGAGGGUUACCAUAUAACUCAUCCCCCCUUAUAAAUAUCAUACCCAGUAGAGACAGGAGUUUGAGUGGUAAGAGAAAGGAGGAAAUGGAAUACAUGGAGUCUGCUUUUUUAGUAUUUUUGGAAUACAGAUUUUUCCCUCUAUAAUAUUCAGAAACGUUCCUUUUCGCCUUUG